UGACUCAUCGUAUCAGAAUUUCUACUCCUUUUUAUCCGCAGUCCUCUCCACUCCGAACUCGCCGUUCACUCUAUUUCCUUUUUUUCUGUCUCAGCGCCGCCGCACCGAUGGAGCUUGGCCUGAGCUUGGGCGACGCCCCCAAGCCCUUCCGCUUCGUCGAGAAGCAACCGCAAGUACCGCCGCCGCAGCGAGGUCAUUCCCGGCCAGAUUUAGGGUUCUGUGUCGACUUAUCGAUUGGCCGUCCCGUCGCCGGAGAGAAAGAAGGCGACGAAGACAAACUUAAUCAGAGAGAAGAUGAAUCCGACGGUAAUGAAGAUCCACCGAUUCAACUCGAUCUUCUCCCUCAUAAUCCCGUUCCUCGAAACCUUACUAACCCGUACCAAGGAUUCCCAUGGCCAUCGUCCGAAAACGAUGAAGGUGAAGACCGAACCGCAUCGCCGAACAGCGCAGCGUCGUCGUUUCAGAUGGAAUUUGGGCUGUACGGAGGUGGAGGAAACAUUUCUUGCCGGAGAGAUCAAAUGGAAAAUGGCGUAACGAACGAAGUAGGUGAAUCUGAAAGAGCGUCUUCAAGAGCUAGCGAUGAAGACGAAAAUGGCUGUACAAGGAAGAAACUCAGACUCUCUAAAGAACAAUCCGCUUUUCUUGAAGAAAGCUUCAAAGAACACAAUACCUUAAACCCUAAACAGAAGCUAGCACUGGCUAAGCAACUGAAUCUUCGUCCUCGCCAAGUAGAAGUUUGGUUCCAAAACAGGAGAGCUAGGACGAAAUUGAAGCAAACGGAAGUGGAUUGUGAGUAUUUGAAAAGAUGUUGUGAGACAUUAACAGAAGAGAACAGACGGCUUCAAAAAGAGCUUCAAGAAUUAAGAGCUUUGAAAACAACAAACUCAUUCUACAUGCAAUUACCAGCUACAACACUCACCAUGUGUCCAUCUUGUGAAAGAGUAACCUCAACUUCCGCCGCUUCCACCGCCGUCUCCGCCGUCGCCGCCGGUGGAAACAAAUCGACAGAGGGAGUUACAAAACGAUCCGGGUUCGCCAUUGCUGGUCGACCGAGUUCUUCAUCUUUCCCAUUUUCUGCUAAAACGCAGUCCCACCAGUCAACAGCUUCAUGAUAACGAGAUGGGUUUAGGCGAAUCAUGAUGGUGGUCCCUUUUGUACAUAAACCCUUUUCCUAAAAGCAAAAGAGGAGAAAAAAAAGGAAAAUCAGUAGAAUCCGAGAAAAAGAAGAAGAAAAGAAAAAACAGGUUAUUAUUAUCAUUAUCAUCAUCAUCAUCAUCACGUUUCUCUUUCUCAUCUCCCUCUUCUUGGAGCAGUUUCUUCACCAUUUUGGGGAUUGUUUGUUCUUAUGAGAUUUGUUUAUCUUAGAUUUUUUUUUAUAAAAAAAAAUUAAUUUUUUUCUUCAUUCCCCCUGGAAUUUCUUUCUGAUAUAUUGUGAAGAAAGAAACCUAAGAAAAGAAUUCUUAUAUACAAUCAUUAGUGACUUGUGUUCUUGAUUUA